UUAAUUCUCUCAGCAUAUUACGGUGGAAAACACAGUUGUUGCAUGUAUGUGUACACACACUAACACUUACACAUGCUCAUAAGUAGAAAACUUGGAGCUUUUUCGUGAAUGCCAAGUUCGCGCACUGUCAAGAGCAAGGACGAUCAAUACCCCUGUGCAAUUGAUGUUUUACAACAAAGACUCGUGAAAGUCACACGUUUGUAUAUACAAGAACACAACGUUAUAAACAUAAAUACUUACAAGAAACGUUCAUACAUUAUAUGUAUGGUAUACAGUACAUCCUUGCCGGACUCGCUGUGUUGAUGUUGUGUUGUCCUUGAAAGCAAAACUUGCGAAAGCUUUUGCUACCACCAAACCACUUGCACUCGAAAGCACAUUUUGCUGAACAUACAUAUAUACAUACAAACAUAUACAAUAAAUGUGCAUACCGACUAAUACUAACCUUAGGCUGCUUAGUGCAUACUUUUGGUUUUAACCAUAAAAGCUUAAAGAAUUAACGGUUCAUCAGCGAGUGAAUGCACCGGACGCAAUGUUUACAUAUGUUUAUAUAUACAAUUUGUCUUAAAUCGCUCGACUGCUCAAGUAUCCAAGUGCAAAUUAUCCGGCUUUGACAUGAUUUUACGCACUCACGAGAUAUUGAUUAUAUAGUAUGCCGUCGCAAUCGAACACCGCCCACAUACCUACAUAUGUGCACUGCAGUGCGGUGGUCCUAAGCUGUAGUACUUAGUGGCAGUGCUUUAUUUGCCAUUUGCGGAGACAGUUGGGUGCUUUGUUUCAAAUAUGUUCUUUGUUUUGUGUAAAAGUUUGUGUUGAAAAAUAUUCGAAUUGUUCGCUUAUCAAAUGUAUUUGCUUGUUAUCCUUUGUAUUGCGAAAUAUAUCUGUCUGCGCAUACAAGAAUGGUUUCUGCCAAAGAUCAGAUAUAAUCCAAAGCAACACGAUCCGGAAUCGGUACGCAUCGAUGGCGGUGGACGCUGUUAUCCAAAUUGUGCUUCAGAUGUAUGGCUGCGCUCGUGCGAACAGGAGAUUAUUGAGCCCAUUGAAGGUCAUACCAGCGGACAUAUACCCACAUGGUUGAAUGGUAGUUUGUURCGCAAUGGUCCCGGUAAUUGGAAGRUGGGUGAAAUGAUGUUUCAACACUUAUUCGAUUGUUCAGCUUUGGUGCAUCGGUUCGCAAUCAAAAAUGGUCGCGUUACAUAUCAAAAUCGUUUUGUGGAAACUGAAACAUUGAAGAAAAAUCGUGCAGCACAACGUAUAGUAGUAACGGAAUUCGGUACGGCAUCGGUACCGGAUCCUUGUCAUUCGAUAUUCGAUAGAGUCUCCGCGAUAUUUCGACCUGACAGCGGUUCUGAUAACUCAAUGAUAUCUAUUUAUCCAUUUGGGGAUGAGUUCUACACCUUCGCGGAGACGCCGAUGAUGCACAGAAUUAAUCCACGCACCUUAGCCACGGAGGGACGCAUUUGUGUAACCGAUUUUGUGGGUAUCGUAAAUCACACGUCACAUCCCCACGUACUGCCAAAUGGAACCGUUUACAAUCUCGGUACGGCCGCUACCAAAUCAGGACCAGUCUAUAAUAUUAUUUGUUUUCCACAUGGCGAGCAAAUGUUUGAAGAUGCCUACGUUGUGGGUUCAGUUUCUUGUCGUUGGAAACUACAUCCCGGCUAUAUGCACACAUUCGGCAUCACCGAGCAUUUCUUCGUAAUUGUGGAGCAGCCACUCUCCGUUUCGUUGACGGAAUUUGUUAAAGCCAGCUUAUCCAAUCAACAACUUGCCGCCUGUCUGAAAUGGUUUGAGGACAAGCCUACUCUAUUCCAUCUGCUGGAUCGCGAGACCGGUAAAUUGCGUUAUACUUUCCAAUCAGAGGCAUUCUUCUAUCUACACAUAAUCAAUCAGUAUGAGGAGGACAAUCAUGUGGUGAUUGACAUUUGCUGCUAUAAGGAUCCCGAAAUGAUCAAUUGCAUGUAUUUGGAGUCCAUUAUGAAUAUGCAAUCGAAUCCGAAUUACGCCUCACAUUUUCGUGGACGUCCAUUGCGUUUUGUGCUGCCACUAGGUGUGGAGAAUGCGGACGUAGUGACGUUCAAAGAUCGUCCAACCAAUCAGCGACGUGUGGUGAAAUCGUUCACAAUGUCUGGCAUUAGUACGCACUUGCAGCCGACGAAAAUGAAGCAUUCCGAGUCGAAUUAUGAGAACAUAACGAAUAUGGCGCUUAAUAAAUUGCAAGAAGAAGAGAUGCUCGAGUAUAAUACUUUUGCUGGUGAAGCGAAUGAGGCGAAAACGAAUGUGGACAGUGAAACAAUGGUUAAUUUGGUCACUUUAGAAUAUAGCACGGCGCAAGCGCACCAGCUGAGCAAUCGCAGCAUAAUGGUGCGCCCCGAACUGUUGUGCGAUUGGGGUUGUGAGACACCGCGCAUAAAUUAUGAUAAGUUUUUAGCCAAAAAGUAUCGUUACUUCUAUGCGAUUAGUUCGGACGUAGACGCUGAGAACCCCGGCACACUCGUCAAAGUUGAUGUGCUAACAAAAGCAGUACAGAAAUGGUGUGAACCGAACUGUUAUCCCAGCGAACCAGUUUUUGUGCCUGCGCCAGAUGCCAGUGCCGAAGACGAUGGCGUGGUACUGGCCUCCAUGGUUUGGGGCGGCUUAAAUGAUAAUCGCGUUGGACUGCUGGUGUUGUGUGCCAAAACCUGGACUGAGCUGGGUCGUUGCGACUUUCAUACGAAUGGACCAGUGCCGAAAUGUCUGCACGGCUGGUUUGCGCCCGGCGUUGUGUAACCAAAGAUGUCACAAUGAAAGCAAUACUCACGGCUUAGUAUUUUAGUAAAAUUGCUAAAAAUUUAUUACACCGUUAGGCAUUAAUCUUAUUGUUACCAUAAUACUGAUUUGAUAAAUAYGACUUAAUUAAUAAACUCGUUACUUUUAGAAUCUCAA